CGCAUACGUCACUUCAGUCUACCAGGAGUAGCCAAGAACUGUCAUUUUUGCUGUUGCUGUCAAUUCACCCAGAAAUUUUAGUGUCAAAUUUGGACUUUCUUUGUUUAUUAGAACUGAGUUGCAGGAUUCAUUCAUAAUCCAUGAUGGCGACGGAUCAUUUUGGUCCAAUAACUUUAAAAUGGGACCCAAAAAAUUUAGAAAUCAGGACCAUGUCAGUGGAGAAGACCUUGGAACCGCUUGUUCUUCAGGUUACUACCUUGGUUAAUACCAAAGGUCCUUCAAAGAAGAAGAAGGGUCGAUCCAAAAGAGCACAUGUUCUAGUUGCUGCUGUUGAAAAGGCAACAGAAAACUUUAUUGAAAAAGGAGAACAAAUAGCUUAUGAAAACCCAGAUAUAAAACAAGAAAUGCUCUCUGCUGUAGAAGAAGUCCGAAAAACAGGAGAAGCAAUGAGCAUUGCUGCUAGAGAGUUUGCAGAUGAUCCGUGUUCGUCUCUCAAGAGAGGCAACAUGGUAAGAGCGGCUCGCAACUUGCUGUCUGCCGUCACCCGACUGCUGAUUCUUGCUGACAUGGUCGACGUCCACUUGCUGCUCAAGUCACUCAGAGUGAUGGAAGAUGACUUGGACAAAGUGAAGAACUCGUCUUCACAAGUAGAGCUGAUGGAACACUUCAAAGCGUUCGGCCGCAAUGCCAGUGAGCUGAUGAACCAGGCGGCCAAGCGGCAGCAGGAGUUGAAGGACCCUCAACUAAGGGAUGACUUGGCAGCUGCUCGGGCUGUACUCAAGAAACAUUCUACAAUGCUGCUCACUGCCUCUAAGGUUUACAUCAGACACCCAGAGCUGGCUGCUGCCAAGGCCAACAGAGACUACGUGUUCAAGCAGGUGUGUGAGGCAGUCAACACCAUCAGUGAUGUAGCCCAGGGGAAGACUACAGGACUGCCACAGAACGCUUACGACGGACCAGGCGAACUGGCUGCUGCUCUGGAUGACUUUGAUGAGCGAAUGGUCAUGGACCCACUGGCCUACAACGAGGUGAGGACUCGUCCGUCUCUUGAGGAGAGACUGGAGAGUAUCAUCAGUGGUGCAGCACUCAUGGCUGACUCCAGCUGCACUCGUGAUGAGCGCCGUGAGCGCAUUGUGGCCGAGUGCAAUGCUGUACGACAAGCUCUACAAGAUCUGCUGUCUGAGUAUAUGGCCAAUAUGAGUGUGAAGGAGACCAGUGAAGGUUUGGAGCGAGCCAUUGACCAUAUGUGCCGCAAGACUAGAGAUCUGCGUCGUCAACUGCGCAAGGCUGUAGUUGACCAUGUCUCUGACAGCUUCCUGGAGACAAGUGUUCCACUGUUGGUAUUGAUUGAAGCUGCCCGAGCUGGUAAUGAAAAGGAAGUAGAAGAAUAUGCUGUGGUCUUCACCGAACAUGCUAACAAACUUGUUGAAGUGGCCAACCUGGCUUGUAGCAUGUCCAACAACGAGGACGGUGUGAAGAUGGUUCGCUAUGCUGCAGGUCAGAUCGAUGCUCUGUGUCCUCAGGUGAUCAAUGCUGCUCGUAUCCUCGCAGCUCGUCCUCGUGUCAAGGUAGUGCAGGAGAACAUGGAUGUGUUCCGUGACGCUUGGGAGAACCAGGUCCGCAUCCUCACAGAAGCGGUCGACGACAUCACCACCAUCGACGACUUCCUGGCUGUCUCCGAGAACCAUAUCCUGGAAGAUGUGAACAAGUGCGUGUUGGCACUGCAGGAGGGAGAUGGAGACACUCUGGACCGCACGGCUGGGGCCAUCCGUGGCCGUAGCGCUAGGGUGGCCAACGUCGUCACUGCGGAGAUGGACAACUAUGAGCCUGGCAUGUACACCAUGCGGGUGCUGGAGGCUAUCAAGGUGCUGCGGGACCAAGUGAUGCCAAACUUUGCCCAACGUGUUGAAGUGGCAGUGGAUGCUAUCUCAUCAAGCCCUCCCAAAGAUGUAGAUGAGAACGAGUUCAUUGAUGCCUCCAGGCUUGUGUAUGACGGGGUGAGAGAGAUACGACGUGCAGUCCUCAUGAACAGGAGUUCAGAGGAGUUAGACACAGACACUGAAUUUGAACCUGGUGAAGACAACAUGACCAUUGAUAACAGAAGCCGAUCAAGCGCUCAUACUGAAGGGUUGGGAGUGGAUGAAUAUCCUGACAUCAGUGGAAUAACCACUGCUAGGGAAGCGAUGCGCAAGAUGACAGAGGAGGACAAACAGAAGAUAGCUCAGCAAGUAGAGUUCUUCCGCAGUGAGAAACUUAAGUUCGAUCGUGAGGUGGCCAAGUGGGAUGACACUGGCAACGACAUCAUUGUGUUGGCCAAGCACAUGUGUAUGAUUAUGAUGGAGAUGACAGACUUCACCAGAGGACGUGGCCCCCUGAAGACGACCAUGGAUGUGAUCAAUGCAGCCAAGAAGAUCUCCGAGGCUGGUACUAAGCUGGACAAGCUGACUCGCCAGAUAGCAGACCAAUGUCCUGAGAGUAGCACCAAGAAGGAUCUGCUGGCCUACUUGCAGCGCAUUGCACUGUAUUGCCACCAGCUCAACAUCACCUCCAAGGUGAAGGCUGACGUACAGAACAUCAGCGGAGAGCUCAUCGUCAGUGGGCUUGACAGUGCAACAUCGUUGAUCCAAGCCGCCAAAAACUUGAUGAAUGCCGUUGUACUGACCGUGAAGGCAUCUUACGUUGCAAGCACCAAAUAUCCUCGACCAACGGGACAAGUUGUUAGUCCAAUUGUAGUGUGGAAAAUGAAGGCUCCAGAAAAGAAACCUCUAGUUCGCCCCGAGAAACCAGAAGAGGUCCGCGCUAAAGUUCGUAAAGGUUCACAGAAAAAGGUCCAAAACCCUAUUAAAGCUCUGAGUGAAUUCCAGAGUCCUACUGAAAGUGUUUAGGUUAUUUUAUAUAUUUAUAUUUUUUUAAUAUUUAUGACCAUAUUAUAAUCAGUAUUAUAUGAACAAAUCAUGAAUAUAAUUGUGUUUUAUUUCAA